GUCUCACCAAGUCUCCGGCACAUGUCUCUUCUUAACCUCAAAUUUCUCCAAAGUCCAGCGUGUUCCGAUAGAUAAUUGAAAAAAAUUGUUAAUUAAUGAUGAGUGACCUGGAGAAUGAUCUGGAGAGCGAUCAUGAGGUGUCCAAGGACCACUCCAAGCUGCUGGAGGAAGUCGCGAAGCUUGAUCGUGGCCAGAGAGUAAAGAAGCCCAGCCGAAGUGAGCCGAGCCUGCUCGUCUCGGAGUUCCACCUGGUGAAGUCCGGCGUCACCGACAAGGACUCAGUCCACCUGACGGACCUCCUCCGCACGCUGCAGAGCAACCCCACCCACCGUCCGAUCACCCAGAAGAUAAAAUCCCUCCGAACCGCCAGCAAAGUCCUGCCGAAGCCCCUGGAGAGGCCCCAGGCCGAAAAGCUAAAACGAGAAAUAGCCUUCGAGAACACGAAGAAAGAGAUCCAGAAGUGGGACGCGAUAAUCACGCGCAACAGGACCGCCCCGAAGCUCUCGUUCCCCCUGGCCCAGGGUGAGGUGUCCCUCAAGGGCACCAGCACCUCUGACUUCAUAAAACGAUUCAGAGUGCAGUCAGACCUGGAGAGGGAGCUGGCAGCCCUGGAGCCCCAGCAGCCGGAGCCAGAGGAGAGCAAGGACGACUUUCCCCUGACCCUCGGGGAGAUCCUGGAGAGGCGGAGGGAGGCAGCGAGGUUCAGGGCUCAGCAGUCCUACAGGGAGGCCAAGGCCCAUCGCCAGAAUAAAAUCAAGAGCAAGAAGUUCCACCGAAUAGCGAGGAAGGCCAAGAUCAAACAGCAGAUCAAGGAGUUCGAGGAGCUCCAGAAGACCGAUCCCGAGGCUGCACUGGAGAAGCUGGAGAUGCUGGACAGGACGAGGGCGGAGGAGAGGAUGUCGCUGAGGCACAGGAGCACUGGCCAGUGGGCGAGGAACAAACAGGUCAGGGCGAAGUACGAUGCAGAGAGCAGAAAGGUUCUUGCCCAGCAGUUGAGCAUCAGCAGGGAGUUGACGCAGAAGGUGACGAAGGGGGAGAGCAACGAGAGCGACGAGGGGGAGGACGAGGGGGUGGUGAUCGACGGGGGGGACAAUCCUUGGAUCAAUGCUGUCAAGUCUGGUGAGGAGAUCGAGGAGUUUGUCAAGGGCUACAAGAAGUACUGGGACGAGAGGAAUAAACGUGUUGAGGAGGAGAAGGUGAUGAGGGCUCAAGAGAGGGGGGGAAGUGCUGGGGGAGGCGAUGAAGGGGUGAACAUUGUUCCAGGGGAUGUUCCUGACGCUUUGAAUCCUGUGGAGGAGGUUGUUGGGGGUGGAGACCUUGGAGAAAAUUCAAAGAAGAGUAGCAGGAAGGAGACAACGUCGGUGAUUAAAUCGAAAACGUCUGAGGGAGAGGAUGAAGGGGUGGAAAUUGCUUCUGCUGAUGUUUCUGGCGUUUUUAAUGUGGAGGAGGGGGCUGGAGGGGGUGGAGACGGUCCCGGUGAGGGGAGUUCGAGGGAAAGCAGAGGGAAAAGUAGGAAGAGGGCGAAAACACUGGAGAGUGGGGAAUUAGGGGGGAACGAGGAGGCAUUCGAGGUUGAAGAGGUGGAGGUUAAUGGUAGAAUUGUAAAAGUGAAGAAAUCUCGAGGGACAUUCACGUCUCAGUGGACGAUAGAGACAUUCCCUCGACUGAGACCCAGAGCAGAGGAAUCUUCACUGGAUUUGGAUGACAUGUUUGAUAAGGUGGAGGGGAAAAUGAAGCAGAGGGCGAGUAAGAAGAUGAGGAGGGUGAAGCAGAAACUGAGGAAGCUGGAUAAACUGGCGGAUACUGAGGAGAAUGAGGAGGAGGAGGGUGAGGGAGAGCUGCCUGAUCUCUCCUUCAAGAGUACGAGGCUUCGUCCGGAGCUCGAUGGGCCCUUGGACGAGACUGCUGGGGGCCAGGGGGCUCAGGUGGCGAGGAAUGCCACGACUCCUCCUGGGGAGGUGGGGGGAGGCACCAAGCGAGGAGCUGACAUUGAUCCCACGAAAUUCAUAUCUGUGAAACCGAAGCAUCUGAGGACGCAAAUUCCAGAGGUAAUGGGAGAUGAGGGGGCCUUGGAUGAUAGUGAGGAUGAGGCGCAGCAUAAUAUUAUCAGCGAGGCUUUUGCUGAGGACGACGUUGUCGAGGAGUUCAGGAGGGAGAAGGAGGAUGAGAUUAAAAAAUCACAGCCUGAAGAUCUGGACCUUCGUCUCCCCGGCUGGGGUUCCUGGGGUGGAAAAAAUAUAUCUCAGAAUCUCCGGAAAAAACGCAGAUUUAUUAUGAAAUUCCCGAAAGAAGCGCCUCGCAAAGACGAGAAUAAAGGAGACGUGAUCAUCGUGGAGGAUGCGAACAUCCAGAUAAAACGACACUUGGUCGCUGAGCUGCCUUAUCCAUUUACCAGUGUCGCUGAUUAUGAGGCGAGCAUACGGGCGCCAAUUGGUCGAGACUUUGUCCCCGAAAAUGCACAUAAACGGUUGACUGAUCCCGCGGUGGAAACCAGGAUGGGAACGAUUAUUGAACCCAUGGACGAGGACGUUCUGGUCAAUAAGAAGAGGAAGAUUACUGGGCUGUUACCAGAUAGGGGCGAUAGGGAGGGGAAGAGGAGAGUCAAUAAGAAAAAUUAUAAGAGUGGGAAGAAAACAGGAAUCAAACAGAAGAAAAUUAAGUGAAGUUAAGGAAAAUUUUGAGGCAAUACUCAAAUGAAGGGGAAAACGAUGUAAAUUAUUAAUUGAUAACUAGUUCAAUUGAAGGAAUUUUUAUUCGUUUGGAAGAAUAAACGAUUUUAAGGGA